UCAGGAUCUAGUUCAGGUUCAAAAUUAAAAGGUCCUGAGCUGAGUUUAAAAGGCACCCAGCAUGUCAUGCAAGCAGGCCAGACACUGUAUCUCAAGUGCAGGGGGGAUGCAGCUCAUUCAUGGUCUUUGCCUGAGACAGUGAGUAAGGAAAGCAAAAGGCUGAGCAUAACUAAAUCUACCUGUGGAAGGAAUGGCAAACAAUUCUGCAGUACUUUGACCUUGAACAUGGCUCAGACAAAUCACACUGGCUUCUACACUUGCAACUAUCUACAUAUACCUACGUCAAAGAAGAAGACGAAAACAGAAUCUACAAUCUAUAUAUUUAUUAGUGAUGCAGAUCGACCUUUCGUAGAGAUGUACAGUGAAAUACCCAAAAUUAUACGUAUGACCGAAGGAAGGGAGCUCAUCAUUCCCUGCCGGGUCACAUCACCUAACAUCACGGUUACUUUAAAAAAGUUUCCACAUGACACCUUAAUUCCGGAUGGAAAAAGAAUAAUCUGGGACAGUAGGAAGGGCUUUGUCAUAUCAAAAGCAACCUACAAAGAAAUAGGGCUUCUGACUUGUGAAACAACAGUCAAUGGACAUUCCUAUCAGACAAAUUAUUACACAUAUCGACAAACCAAUACAAUCAUAGAUGUCCAAAUGAGCACGCCAAGCCCAGUCAAGUUACUUAGAGGUCAUACUCUCACCCUCAACUGUACUGCUACCACUCCCUUGAACACGAGAGUUCAGAUGACCUGGAGUUACCCUGGUGAAACAAAUAGAAGAGCUUCUAUCAGGCGACGAAUGGACCGAAACGAUCCCUUUGCCAAUGUGUUCUACAGUAUUCUGAUUAUCGACAAAGUGCAGAGCAGAGACAAAGGACUUUAUACUUGCCAUGUGAAAACUGGGCCAUCCCUCAAAUCCGUUAACACUUCAGUGCAUAUAUAUGAAAAAGCAUUCAUCACUGUGAAACAUCGAAAACAGCAGGUGCUUGAAACCGUAGCUGGCAAGAGGUCUUACCGGCUCUCUAUGAAAGUGAAGGCAUUUCCCUCACCAGAAGUUGUAUGGUUAAAAGAUGGGUUACCUGCAGCUGAGAAAUCUGCUCGUUAUUUGGUUCAUGGCUAUUCACUAAUUAUCAAAGACGUAACUGCAGAGGAUGCAGGGGAUUAUACCAUCUUGCUGAGCAUCAAGCAGUCAAAUGUGUUUAAAAACCUCACUGCCACUCUGAUUGUAAAUGUGAAACCCCAGAUAUAUGAAAAGGCCAUCUCAUCAUUUCCAGACCCGCCACUCUACCCCCUGGGCAGCAGACAAAUCCUGACUUGUACCGCAUAUGGAAUCCCUCAACCUACAAUCCAGUGGUUCUGGAACCCUUGUAAUCAUAAUCAUUCCAAAACCAGGUAUGACUUUUGUUCCAAUAACGAAGAGCCCUUAGUCCUGGAUCCUGACAGCAACAUAGGAAAUAGAAUUGAGAGCAUCACUCAGCGCAUGUCCAUAAUAGAAGGAAAGAAUAAGAUGGCUAGCACCUUGGUUGUGGCUGACUCUAGAAUUUCUGGAAUCUACAGUUGUGUGGCUUCCAAUAAAGUAGGGACUGUGGAAAGAAACAUAAGCUUUUAUAUCACAGAUGUACCCAAUGGGUUUCACGUUAACUUGGAAAAGAUGCCUACAGAAGGAGAGGACCUGAAACUGUCUUGCACAGUUAACAAGUUCUUGUACAGAGACAUCGCGUGGGUUUUGCUGCGGACGGUUAAUAACAGAACAAUGCACCACAACAUUAGCAAGCAGAAAAUGGCUGUCACGAAAGAACACUCCCUCACUCUCCAUCUUGUCAUCAAGAACGUUUCCCUGGAAGAUUCAGGCACCUAUGCCUGCAGAGCCAGGAACGUAUACACAGGGGAAGAAAUCCUUCAGAAGAAAGAAGUUACAAUUAGAGAUCAGGAAGCUCCUUAUCUCCUGCGAAACCUCAGUGACCACACGGUGGCUAUCAGCAGCUCCACCACUUUAGACUGUCAUGCUAACGGUGUCCCAGAGCCUCAGAUAACUUGGUUUAAAAACAAUCACAUAAUACAACAAGAACCUGGAAUUAUUUUAGGACCAGGAAGCAGCACGCUGUUUAUUGAAAGAGUCACAGAAGAGGAUGAAGGCGUCUACCACUGCAGAGCCUCCAACCAGAAGGGCUGGGCGGAAAGCUCAGCAUACCUCACUGUUCAAGGAACCUCGGACAAGUCUAACCUGGAGCUGAUCACUCUGACGUGUACUUGUGUGGCUGCAACACUCUUCUGGCUGUUAUUAACACUCUUCAUCCGAAAACUGAAACGGUCUUCUUCUGAAAUAAAGACGGACUACCUCUCGAUUAUAAUGGACCCAGAUGAAGUUCCCCUGGACGAACAGUGUGAGCGGCUCCCUUACGAUGCCAGCAAGUGGGAGUUUGCCCGGGAGAGACUUAAACUGGGCAAAUCGCUCGGACGAGGGGCUUUUGGAAAGGUGGUUCAGGCAUCUGCAUUUGGCAUUAAGAAAUCACCCACAUGCCGGACUGUGGCUGUGAAAAUGCUGAAAGAGGGGGCCACAGCCAGCGAGUACAAAGCUCUGAUGACUGAGCUCAAGAUCUUGACCCACAUUGGCCACCAUCUGAACGUGGUUAACCUGCUGGGAGCCUGCACCAAGCAAGGAGGGCCUCUCAUGGUGAUUGUGGAAUACUGCAAAUAUGGAAACCUAUCCAACUACCUCAAGAGCAAACGUGAUUUAUUCUUCCUCAACAAGGAUGCAGCGCUACACAUGGAGCCUAAGAAAGAAAAAUUGGAACCAGGCCUGGAAGAAGACAAGAAGCCCAGGCUAGAUAGCAUUACCAGCAGCGAGAGCUUUGCAAGCUCUGGGUUUCAGGAAGAUAAAAGUCUGAGUGAUGUUGAGGAAGAGGAGGAUUCUGAUGAUUUCUACAAGCAGCCCAUCACUAUGGAAGAUCUGAUUUCUUACAGUUUUCAAGUGGCCAGAGGCAUGGAGUUCUUGUCUUCCAGAAAGUGCAUUCAUCGGGACCUGGCAGCGCGAAACAUUCUUUUAUCUGAGAACAAUGUGGUGAAGAUUUGCGACUUUGGCCUUGCCCGGGAUAUUUAUAAGAACCCCGAUUAUGUGAGAAAAGGCGAUACUCGCCUGCCUCUGAAGUGGAUGGCUCCUGAGUCUAUCUUUGACAAAAUCUACAGCACCAAGAGUGACGUGUGGUCUUACGGAGUAUUGCUGUGGGAAAUCUUCUCCUUAGGUGGGUCUCCAUACCCAGGAGUGCAAAUGGAUGAGGACUUCUGCAGUCGCCUGAAGGAAGGCAUGAGGAUGAAGGCCCCCGAGUACGCCACGCCCGAAAUCUAUCAGAUCAUGUUGGACUGCUGGCACAAAGACCCAAAAGAAAGACCAAGGUUUGCAGAACUUGUGGAAAAGCUAGGCGAUUUGCUUCAAGCGAAUGUUCAACAGGAUGGCAAAGACUACAUCCCACUAAACGCCAUACUGACCGGGAACAGCGGGUUUACAUACUCAACUCCUACCUUUUCUGAGGACUUCUUCAAGGAAGGCAUUUCAGCUCCAACGUUUAAUUCAGGAAGCUCUGAUGAUGUCAGAUAUGUAAACGCUUUCAAAUUCAUGAGCCUGGAAAGAAUCAAAACAUUUGAAGAACUUUCACCAAAUGCCACCUCUGUGCUGGAUGAUUACCGGAUGGACAGCAGCUCUCUGCUGGCAUCGCCCUUGUUGAAACGCUUCACCUGGAUUGAAAGCAAACCCAAGGCCUCCCUAAAGAUUGACUUGAGAGUAACCAGUAAAAGUAAGGAGUCGGGGCUUUCUGACAUCACCAGGCCUGCUUUCUGCCACCCCAGCUGUGGGCACGUCAACAAGGGCAAGCGCAGAUUUACAUACGACCACUCAGAGCUGGAAAAGAAGAUUUCGUGUUGCUCUCCUCCCCCCGACUACAACUCGGUGGUCUUGUACUCCACCCCGCCUGUCUGAAGUCUGACACAAAGCCUUAUUUCUAAGAGCACAUGUGUAUUUAUACCCCCCAGAAAUUAGCUUUUGCCAGUAUUAUGCGUAUGUAAGUUUACACCUUUACCUUUCCACAGGAGCCAGCUGCUUUUUGUGAUUUUUUAAUAGUGCUUUUGAAAAUGUUGUGACUAACAAGAAUGUAACCCCAAAUACAUAGAGAAAUAGUGACAAGUGAAGAACACUACUGCUAAAUCCUCAUAACAUUCACUCACCGUGUUGGAGAAAUCCGUUCUAAGCCCAGUGACUUACCUGCGCCAACCCCUGAGACCUCAGGGCACACAGGACCAGGAUGAUUCAGAAGCUGCAGCAAUCAUGCAGUGUAGAUGCCUCUGGGCCAACCCCGGAGCCUAGAACCAUAGGGCAGUACACCCUUGGGUUCUAGAGGUCGCUAGCUGGCUACUUGGCAUCUCUUGAGUCCUGGGGCAGGCUUU